AUGGCAAAAUCCUUCGAGGUGACCGAAUUACCAGUUCGAUCAGCCAAGUUUAUAGCACGAAAGCAAUGGGUUGUGGCAGGAGCUGAUGAUAUGUACAUCCGUGUAUACAAUUACAAUACCAUGGACAAGGUCAAAGUGUUUGAGGCUCAUUCAGACUACAUUAGGUGUGUGGCUGUUCAUCCAACCCUUCCAUAUGUGCUGUCAUCUUCCGAUGAUAUGCUCAUAAAGCUUUGGGACUGGGAAAAGGGUUGGGCUUGCACUCAAAUAUUCGAGGGGCACUCACACUAUGUGAUGCAAGUCACAUUCAAUCCAAAAGACACCAAUACUUUUGCCAGUGCAUCACUUGAUCGUACCAUUAAGAUUUGGAAUCUUGGUUCUCCAGACCCAAAUUUUACAUUAGAUGCCCAUCAGAAAGGAGUGAAUUGUGUAGAUUAUUUCACCGGUGGGGAUAAGCCUUAUCUAAUUACCGGCUCUGAUGAUCACACUGCUAAGGUUUGGGACUAUCAAACAAAAAGUUGUGUCCAGACACUGGACGGGCACACACACAAUGUAUCUGCAGUAUGUUUCCAUCCCGAGCUUCCAAUUAUAAUCACAGGUUCUGAAGAUGGUACAGUUCGCAUCUGGCACUCAACUACUUACAGGGUUGUGAUUGGAUAUGAUGAAGGAACCAUCAUGGUUAAACUUGGACGAGAAAUUCCUGUCGCUAGCAUGGAUAACACCGGAAAAAUCAUUUGGGCUAAGCACAAUGAAAUUCAAACUGCAAACAUCAAAAGUAUUGGUGCAGAUUACGAGGUUACCGAUGGAGAAAGGUUGCCUGUGGCUGUUAAAGAGUUGGGUACCUGUGAUCUUUAUCCACAAAGCUUGAAGCACAAUCCUAAUGGGCGGUUUGUGGUAGUCUGUGGUGACGGGGAGUAUAUCAUCUACACGGCUUUGGCUUGGAGAAAUAGGUCAUUUGGUUCUGGACUGGAAUUUGUAUGGUCAUCCGACGGGGAGUGUGCCGUUAGAGAAAGCUCAUCAAAGAUUAAGACAUUUAGCAAAAAUUUCCAGGAAAAAAAGAGCAUCCGCCCUACUUUCUCAGCUGAGAAGAUCUUUGGAGGAACCUUGUUAGCUAUGUGUUCAAAUGAUUUCAUCUGCUUUUAUGAUUGGGCUGAAUGUAGGCUGAUUCAACGUAUUGACGUCACUGUAAAGAAUCUUUAUUGGGCUGACAGUGGUGAUUUAGUAGCCAUUGCUAGUGAUACGUCUUUCUACAUCUUGAAGUACAACCGGGAUUUAGUUUCCUCACAUUUUGAGAGCGGAAGAUCUACUGAGGAAGAAGGUGUUGAGGAUGCUUUUGAGGUUCUACAUGAGAAUGAUGAACGAGUUAGGACAGGUAUAUGGGUUGGUGACUGUUUCAUUUACAACAACUCUUCCUGGAAGCUUAACUACUGUGUUGGAGGCGAGGUAACCACAAUGUAUCAUUUGGACCGCCCAAUGUAUCUGUUGGGCUAUCUUGCAAAUCAAAGUCGGGUAUUCUUGGUAGACAAAGAAUUCAAUGUUAUAGGAUACACUUUGCUACUAAGCCUGAUUGAGUACAAGACUCUUGUGAUGCGAGGUGAUCUAGACAGAGCCAGUGAAAUCUUGCCUACAAUUCCUAAAGAACAGCAUAACAGUGUUGCUCAUUUCUUGGAGUCACGAGGAAUGAUUGAAGAGGCUCUGGAAAUUGCGACAGAUCCUGACUACAAAUUUGAGUUGGCCAUACAACUGGGUAGACUUGAAAUUGCGCAGGAAAUCGCUGUAGAAGUACAGAGCGAGUCUAAGUGGAAGCAAUUAGGAGAGUUAGCCAUGUCCUCUGGAAAGCUGCAAAUGGCAGAGGAAUGCAUGAAGUAUGCGAUGGAUUUGAGUGGUUUGUUACUGCUAUAUUCUUCUCUGGGAGAUGCAGAAGGUUUGACAAAACUUGCAACACUUGCUAAAGACCAAGGGAAGAACAAUGUUGCCUAUCUUUGCCUAUUCAUGCUGGCAACCGGAUACCAGAAGCUGCUCUGUUCGCAAGAUCAUAUCUUCCAAGCAAAGUAUCUGAGAUAG